GUUUUAUUUUCUUUGACUCAUGGAAACGACAUCGUUUGGCGUUGAUAUUACGCUUCCUCGUCCCCAUUGGGGCUCGCGCUCUACACAGAGGGCGCUGCAAAAUUCUUGGAUUCAGAGUCUCUCUCGAAACAAAAGGCAUGAACUUUAUCGCUCCCAGAGAAGAAGCGAGACGUUCUCCUCUGUAAAUUGAUUCUCUCUUUUUCACCAGUGAGCCAACAAUGGGGAUUGUUUUGGAACCUCCUUGUCCGAGAAGCGUCGAUGGGAUUAGCAUUGACCCUGAGCCUAACUGGAACUUCGCUAGCUUACUCUCUGAAAUCGAGUCUGUUGAGAAGAAGCUCAAUGUCUUUUCAAAGUUUCCUCAGCCUCUCACUCAGACAGCCUUACGGAUGGGAAGGAGAGGUGGAGGAUUUGUGAUGCGUGUAUCAGAAGAUGAGAUGGAGAGUGAUGUAGAUGAAGAGAGUGAAGAAGAAGAAGAAGAGCAUCGUCAACUCUGUACGAAAGGGACACGUUUUGCCUGCGAUGAUCUGUACUUGAGUUACUUCUUAUAUAGUGAUGAAUCUGAUGAUGAGUUUGACUAUGAACCCGAGUCUUUUCUGCUGAGUAAGAUGGGUUUGGCUGAGAGUGCACUUUACGAGGUGAUCAACGACCACGAAACCGAAGUUAAGGAAGAUAUUAGGAGUCAAAUAUCAGUCGUUGAGACGGAGAUAUUGCAAGAGAUUGAAACGUCUCGCUCUGCAAUAGCCCGGGUUGAAAAGUAUAAAGAAACUAGAAAAGAAGUGGAGCGUAAACUUGAUCUUCAGUACCAGCGAAAAGUUGCUGAAGCACUCGAUACUCAUCUGACUGCAAUCCAACGUGAGCAUGAAAUCAAAUCGCAAAUAGAAGAAAGAAAAAUAAGGAGCGAGGAGGCUCAAGAGGAAGCCAGGAGGAGAGAAAGGGCACACCAAGAAGAGAAGAUACGUCAAGAGAAAGCUCGUGCUGAGGCUGAAAUGCAAGCAAAACUCAGAGCUGAAGAAGCAAAGAAAGAAGCUGAGAGAAAAGCAGCUAAAGAAGCAGCUGAAAAGGAAGCAACAGAUCGCAAAGCUGCUGAACAAAGAAUUUCGGAAGAGAAGGCUGAGAGGGAGAGAAGUUCAGCUGCAUCGAAUGCUCAAGCUGGGGGUAAAUCAAUCCAAGCUGCAGAAAGUGCUUUGACAUUGGAGAAUCACAGGUUGAAGAAGCUCGAAGAGUUAGAAGCUACGAACCAGUCGCUAAGAUCACGUCCAAACGAGGACUUUAGCAGCUUUGAGAAGCAAAUUACAAGGGCUAUAAAGCAAAUAAGAGGAACAAAGGAUAAUGUCAGUAAGAAAAGCAACGAAAUUGUCAAAAUAUUCAGAGACCCUCGUUGUCCGGUGUCCAUCAGCAUUGCAACUUUUGCAAAGAAGAUAGUCUCCGCUAAAGAUCAUUUUGCAGGCAGCUAUGUCAUCGUUUACGUCACCUCGCAGUUUCCACAAGCAAUGGAUAUUGUUCUUGCUGAAUUUCACAAAGCGUGCAAUUACACUGUCCCAAAGCAUAUUCUUAACUCACAGUCAGCUUGGGACUCAGACGCAUAUGAACAACUAGAUUCCACAAUGAGACUCUACGGUGCACUUGUUCAGAACGAUAUUCGAGGUGUUACUAACAUUCAUGGGAUUGAUCAAGGAUGGGCUUGGCUUGCUCGGUUCCUUAACAAAACCUCAGCCACCAGAGCUACCGCAACAGCUUUAAACGCAUUUCUCCAGAUGGCAGGGUUUGGUCUUCACCAGAGGUACAGAUCUCAGUUCUUGAAAGUUGUGAACAUUGUCAGAGAGCAUUUCUUGCCAAGACUGAGGGCGAGAAAGGACGCAUCGAAUCUGCAGACGAUCAUAACCGACAUCACGGCGUACUUGGAUGACCAGAUGUAUCUCAAGGAGCCUGUAGGGAGAACCAUGCAGACGAAUACUUUGUCUGCUGAGAUUACUGCUGAAGAAGUUCAUCAGAGCAACAAUCAACGUUACCAGGGGAACAACUAUUACAGAGACUAUUAUUGAUUCAUGUAUCAUUAGUUAGAUAAAAAACUUAUAGAAUGUAACAAUGUCACACCACUAUUUGAAAAAAAAAAACAAACACAAGAAGCUGAAUUAAGGAAACAUUCUUUCUCUCUUA